GGUAGGAAUUCGUUUCACCUGAUAUUCCAAGCAGUUAACCUAUUUCUGAACCCAGACUUACACUCGGCGGUCUUCAAACGGCUUUCACCAUUGAACCGGGAGUACUAUCAGCAUUCCAUUGACAUAUUUGUUUUGUACAUGCACGCGCAUUGAAAUGUCAAAUUAUGCUUUCAUCAAUCGAAUUUUGUGUGUAUCUCUAGAAAGGGGUCAAUGUGACAGAUGUAGCAUGUUUUGGAUGUGCAUUCAGAGGAGAUAAGUGUACGGAAUACGGGAUAUAUAUUAUAUGAAUUAAUACUAGUAUUAGCCUAUAUCAUAUGGUGGAGCGGAAACUUGGACUAAAUAACUAUUUGUUUACGGAAGUGCUGCAAUGUCAUAGAUAAUGACAAUUUCAUGAGUGAACGAAGGGAUAUAAAUUGUAAAUAUAGGAGUUUAUUUUAACCAGAUAAUUGUUAAAAAUGAUGGAGGAAGAAGAAGAAGAUAUGGUGGAGACGACUGGACCAGAGAAAGAGCCGUUAUAUUUUCAUUUUGAUACGGAAAAGAUUCAUCCAGAUAUGCUUGAAGUAAUGGAGUCAAUGAAACGGUUGGCUGAGAAAAUGCUGUUUCAUUGGAGAACUUUUCCCAUUAACAUACCCACACCACUAACAGAACAUAAAGAUAACCGUGUAGAUCUGAAGAGUAAGACAGAUUAUAAAGAUUUAUUUAUAGCUCCAACGUUUGAUGAGUUAGAUGAGGUGGCUCUUAAUCAAUUCGGUGGAAUUAAACGGCUCAGUGAUAAACAAUUGGAUAGUGUCUGGAAAAACGGAGAAUUUGAAGUCGAUAGCAUCCAUUUUCCGGGACAGUUCCAUAAAUGGCGCCUGACGCAGCUGUUACAAAAAGGCACGGAACGAGCCCAUAGUACACUCCUCGAUGAUACGGCCCUAGCUUUAAGGAUAAUGAUUAUAACGGCUAGAAACAGAUUCAUAUCUCAUUUCUUCUCUCUUAGUCAAUCAGUACGAGGUUGGGCCACAGGACUCUGGAAAUUAUUAGAUAUAUUUAUUGGUAUGCCAUCUACAACGUUUGGUAACCUAGGGUUCAAAGUUCGUGAAGAACAUAUGCAGUAUUUAGUAGCAGAAUUAACCGUUAGAUUGAAUCAUAAACGAGAAUUAAGUAAUUAUUGUGAAUAUAUCAAGGAACAGUGUCGGAUGCUUCAUAGUGAUCGAUGUAAGGUAACGGAUACCCAACCCCCACCAGUCCCAUAUAGAUAUCAAACCCCGAAAGGUCUAGAAAUAGAUCUUCGAUUAUUUAACAAAGAUUUGAUCAACAAUUGUCUACCGAUUCUCAGUAAUAUCUUAGACAAGGAAGCGAAAGGUUGGCAUGUACAGUUCCGUCAAAAAUGUCUUCAAGAAUUUAAAGAUAAAACAAUAUCUACAGAAGAAAUGAAUGAGAAAAUAAAUGAAGCCGUUAUGCAGGAAUAUUUACGAAGAAUUUAUCAGGCUAUUUUAAGUAACGCCGAGUUAGAUACUCUUCAACCUGGUAUAGGAGAAUUAUUAGUGUCCCAGGCCCAGACUGUGAUAACCUUACGUAAAGCAGUAGAAAGUCUACAACAUAAUAUGCAGAAACAUAAAGAACAGUUAAUAAAACAUUUGAAGAAGCAAUAUCCUGUUAAAUCACGAAUCAGAGCGUGGAUGAAUGAACAAUUAGAUUGUUUUGAGGAGGAGUUUAUUAGUCAGAAUUUAUGGUCAGCUCAUGAGGAAGCCAUUAGUUUAUGUGAAGAACAAGAUCUUCAACAAGCUGUGUAUUUCCUUCGUAGAGAUAUUAACUUUAUAAAAGAGAGAGAAUCAGUUUUAUUGAAAGAGUUAGGACGGGUGAAGCAACCUACUCGUAUUUUUACUUUCUCCACAAGAAUCUGGUUCCCGCAUAAUUAUAUUAUAAAACGUUAUUAUCGUGGUGAAACCGUUGUCAUACCAACUAUAUUUAAAGAUGCUCCACUUGGUAUAACAGCGGAGAAAGACAUAGUUAUUAGAAAAGAGGUUCCUCGAUUUGAUGUGGAGAAAUACAAGGAUCAUAAAACAACAACUCGACAUCCAUUCUGGAGAUGGUGGAAUUUUUUACAGAGAUCAUGGACGUGGAUUUGGAAUUCCAUGUUUUUCUUUGGUGUUGUGAUACCAUGGUGCAGUCCUGUUAGUCUCCGAGCUUUAUUCUUUCCUACGGCUUUUAUGCCUGAUUAUCAACUUUCUCAAUCUAAUGGUGCUCUUCAUCCAAAAGAAUCGUCUCGUACACAGACUCUAGUCUCUAGGUUACAGUUGUUAUGGCAACAUGUUCGUCAAUCUAGAAAACAGUUUGAAGAAGCACCUGAUACAGGUUUUCUAGGAAAGAGUUUAUCUCGUCAUAUAAAUCGUUGUUGGAAUUAUGGUAUUAAAGGUGGUCUGGGUAGUUUAUUACUGGUAACUUUCUUCCCGAUCAUAUCUCUAACAACAUCCACGUUAUCAUUACUACUAGCUGUAACAUGUCCUUUAUGGGUUCCUCUAGUCACAUUAAUUGCUCAUCUUGGUUUUAUUUUAUUUUAUGAUGUUGAUUGCCCAGAUGAGAACAGAGAAAAUCGUUUUUUCUGCCUGUUUGAAGUGAUAAUAUGGAGAAUAUUUCUACAAGGUUGUGUGCAGCCAAUUGCAGCGUUCCUUACAGGAGCUGUCUGUUGUCCAUUGGCUGCUUUUUUUGUGAUGUUUUUUGGUGUGAUGAGGAGAGCAGGAAGAGGAUUAUGGGAUACAUUGAUGUUCCAGACCAUUAUAAAGAGUCGAGGACGAGUUCCGGCUAGAGAUGGUUUCAUAGCACGGAGAAUCUCUGGGCCGGGAUUGGCCUCAAAUUAUUUUUUCCAGAUUCGACCAGAACAGGCUCUAGCUGCUGUUGAAGCACAUCUAGAGAAGGAUGAACUCGAUGCGUGGAAAGUUAAUGUUUUGAAAAUAAUAGAACAGCCAAGAGAAGCUUAUAAGAAGUUUGUUCGUCGAUGUUUUGAGCCAUUUUCAGCGGAGAUAAGUGAGAAAGGUGUAUAUAAAAAGUUAUGUCAGGAGACGCUACAAUAUGUUACAGAUCUUACCUCUAAAGUUGAAGAGAGAGAGAGAAAAUUAUAUACAGGACUUUAUCCUGAUUUACAGAGAAGAAUCAAAUUACCGCAAGGAGAUUUAAAGUUAACGAUAUUAUAUACAGCCAAAUUACUGGAAGGAUUUUACCCAGAUCAUGUGAUCAAACGCCUCCAAUCAACUGAAGAGGAAUUUUGGGAAUCGCAACAUUUAUUAUAUCGUGAUUGGAAAGGGUUAGCAUGUAAAAAACUGAGUGAUACAUUCUCUAAAGCCUUUCUAGUACCUCUAGAAGAAACAGAUAAUAGUUUUGAGCUAAAGGUGGAACAUUUAAAUUUAUCUCGUUACGUUCAGAUGUUGGCUACAGCCCAUGUUUACGAUGAUUUAGAUGUCGUCACAGCGAUACACGCACCAACAGCCAAUGUAGAUGUGAAACCACCGUAUUUAGAUGGAGGAUAUUUUAAUCCAACACAAAGAUUGAUUCAUACGACAAGAUUCGGUACACCAAGAGAAAGACAAUGCCCGUGGAAGAUACCGUACGAAGUUCGCGUUUUUGAUAAAUUAGAAAUACCUUUACCAAUUCCUCAUCCUGCUAAUGUUGCUGUAGCUAUUUUUAAUAGGGAGAAUGACCAUGAUGAAAUAGAUGUUGAUGAUAUUUAUUGUGCCAGGAUAAUCCGAGCUACUAAAGAUGUUCCAUAUAUAGACUUAGGUGAACAAUCCAGUUUCGAUUUUUAUGAUGGAGAACCAAGCACGCCAGAUAAUGCGACGGAGGAAUCUGUCACAGUUGUCUCCCAUUUAGCUCAACAGGAACGAUCGUUCUCGGAAGAAUUGAUUAAUCAGUUCGCGGGAACGACAACGGCGUCCCAGUGCAGCAUAUCGGCAACGACACCUAGUUCUAUCGGUGUUGAAACCGACACGGAAGGUCAUGUGAUGAAAGUUGUGUAUUCAGAAGAUGAAAUAGACAAUAGUUGUAUGAUAUAUAUCGAUGACGAAGACAAUGAUGAAUUGUAUGAUGUGGCCGUUACCCCUGAAUCAGAUCAAUUGUGAUGAUUUGCUAAAGACAUAUAAACAUGUAAUUUGAUUGGUCAGUGAUGUAUCAUUACAAUUAAAUAAUGAUUUUAUUGGACAAUGAUCUAUCAUUACAAUUAAAUAAUGAUUUUAUUGGACAAUGAUUUAUCAUUACAAUUAAAUACUGAUUUGAUUGGUCAAUGGUUUAUCAUUACAGUUAAAUACUGAUUUGAUUGGUCAAUGAUUUAUCAUUACAAUUGAAUUAUGAUUUGAUUGGUUAAUGAUAUUAUUUAAAUAUGUAUCAUAUGAUAUAAUUGGUUAAUGAUAUUAUUUAAAUAUGUAUCAUAUGAUAUGAUUGGUUGCUGAUAUUCUAUGAACAUUUGAUUGGUUUAGAUAUGUGACCUUGUUUCAUUGAUUAAAUAUAUAUCCUGACGAACUUCAAUUGGAUGACGAUUUUGUGAAUAAUGUGAAUUUGAUUGGUUAAAUAUGCAUAAUGUUUAUAUUUUAUUGGUUAACGCCAUAAUGUAUUUUGAUUGGUUACUUAAUUGGUUAAUGAUGUAAUAUGUAAUUUGAUUGGUUGAUGGUUUACAUAUGAAGAAAUAAUGUAGGGAUAUUAGUAAAUAAUGGUUGAAAUAGAUGAACUAUGUUCUAUCAAGUAUUUUUUAAGCUUUUUUUUUGUUAUUAUUUUCUGAUUAUUGAUGUGUGGAGUUGAGUAAGAUUAGUUUCUCUUUUAAAGGGAAGUUAAAAAGAUAUAUUUGUUUUGAAAUGUAAGAAUUUUGUUUAUGUACAGCUUAAAAAUCUGCCAUGUUUACUGUUUAAACAGCAUCUAGUAAUUGAACACAUUAAAUUAAUUACAAGAGUUAUAUGGAAAAAAAAUUGGGGGGUUGGAUGGCCGUAUGGUUAGCAUGUGUGCAGUUGGAAUUCGAUAUAAGUGUAGGCCAUAUCACUGCCGUCCGGGCAAUAUUUCUCUCAUAGCACACUGUAUGGCGUAUGCCCGUUUUCAUUAGCCCAGUCGGUGCAGAACAGUAGGACAUUAAACCUCAUUUCAUAUCUGGCUGGGGGCGUUGGAUGGCUAAAUUGUUAUCGUGUGUGCGUUGUAUCAUAAGGUCUGUCAUUGUGUCAACUGGAGUGGUUUCGAUUCCCCGGUUGUACAUGACAAAGAAGGAGUAGGGUCGCUUGUCCAACCCCGUGUGUUUUUUUCCGGGUCCACGGGUUUCCUCCCACUGCUAAAGACCCCUACACACAAGCGAAUUAUUGAAAUAAAAUUGAACCAUGUGUUAGUCCCGAAAUGACCUAGUUUGUGUCAAGUGGACGUUAAACCCCAUUUCUCUCUCCCUCCUACUGGGCUGUUUAAGACGGAAAGAUGAGAGUAUCAUCGUCGAAACAUUGCACGUUAAUAAACCAGUAAUUGUUAUUCCAUAAAUACUUUUUAGCCUGUCACUGUUCAAUUACUUAAUGCCUCUCAAAGAAGUACUUUAUUCUGCAUUUCUUGAUCACGGUUACUUUGAUUUCAGAACAUCCGUUAUAUUUGUUAGCUAAUGGACCUUGGGUUGAUUUAUGUAAAACAAAAAAGACUUCUAGAACUUUCCCUGUCAGUUUAUGUUAUUAAACUGUUUAGCACAGCAUAAAAACGAAAAAACGGUCUAGUCAGAGCUUAGUCAGAGUCUAGUCAGAGCAUAGUCAGGGUCUAGUCAGAGGAGAGAAUGAUCAGUGGAAAAUCAUGAAGUUAGGUGAACAUCUCUGGGCUCGGUUUCACAAAACACUCUCAGACUUAAGUUAAGAAUUUACUCAGAAUUGUUGGCCUUAUUUUAACUAAAAUAUAGCCCUUUAUAAAACCUUUUAAUGUAUCAAAUACAUCAUUAAGAAACUAUGUGCAGAUUUUUAUGUUUCUGGAUCAAAGAUAUUUCUCAUAAACUGUGAUUGAAAGUUGAAUAAAUUCUUAACAUAAACAUACAUUAUACAAGAGCUAAAUCAGCCUAUUGCAGGUCUUUCUUUAGGCCUUAAAUGUUAUAUAAACUCUUAAUUAGACAUUAAUUAACUUAUCCAGACCAUAAUUAACUCUUGAUGCCAUUGCUAGCCUGCGAUAUAUUUAGCGGAUUGGAAUACAUUUUUUGUAAAAUAAUUAAACGUAAAAAUGGAUAAUCAAGACGUUGUUUUUUAUCGUACCGACUUUAGUCUGAGAAUGUUAUUUGAACUCGGGGCCUGGGCUCUUAUUUCAGUUUAAUUGAACAGUAUGCUGUAAAUACUGUUAGAUUUAUAAAUAUAUGUAUACAAAAUUUGGUUAAUGCUAAAAAUUACCAUGUGAUAUUUUUGUUUAAAAAAUCUUGCUUAUUCAAAGUAAACAAAAUAGGUCAACAUUAACUGACUGGCAAUAUUUUGAAUUGAAAGCCCUGACCAUACAUUCACUAGAACUGUUUUAAUAGUAGGGCCUAUAACAUAUACAAACGUGAUGUGUGAAACGGGGGCUCCAGUGUGAUUGACCCUUUCAACGCAAAAAGGGAGAUAACUGGCUUGUACCGUACUUAUGAUUAUAGAUCUAUAUCAGUGGUUCUCAACCGGUGUGCCGCGAAAUCUUCCUAAGUGUGCCGCGAAAUUUUAAACGGCACACUAAGAAAAUUUCUCACCACAGAUGCCAGCUAUUUGACUGAUGAAAUUAGAAACACUGCAAUAAAGUAAGUUCAUAGCUGUGUUGUUCUUUAUUUAGUUUGAGUCAUUCUAUGUGUCUAUGACUAGUCUGUGUCUACGGUUGUAUGCCAUCUAUGACUUGCCAUGUUUUAUUCUGCAAAAUUUCAAUAUUUUUCAUAUAUAUUUAACCAGGUGUGCCGCUAUUUUUUCAUGUGUUCCGAGGUGUGCCAAUCGUUUGCUAAAAAAUGUUGAGGACCACUGAUCUAUAUUAUAAAUGUUUACAUGACAACUUCGUUUUUUUGUCCUAUCCGAUCGAUAUAAGGGAGAUAACCAGUCUGUCGAGUCUACUAUUGAUUAUAUAGGCCUACUAAUGAAUAUAGAUGUGUAUUAGAAAGGCUGAAAACAUAUAUUAUUAUACCAUGCUUUAAUUUUCUAUUAGUAUUUUUAUUUUAGAUGUCUUAAAGACACGUUUAUUUGUACAUAAUUUAAUCUACCUAAAUGACUUUUGUUACCGUAUUAUUUUAGUAGUAUUUAUUAUAUUAUUUUCAGUUUGUUUUUGUUUUGUUUUAUUAACAAAGGGUAUUUAGUUGCGUAUCACAUGUUGUUCAGUAUUAUUGCUCCUAACAUUCUGUUAUUUAUCUUGGAACUGUUCAGUACUCUCAGCUUUGUAACAAAAUGAACAUGUCUGUACAUAAAGGGUAAAUUAGUUUAACUCUUUCGAAUGUAUACCACUUGAAAUACUGCUCGCUCUCUCUCUCUCUCUCUCUCUCUCACUCUCUCUCUCUCUCUCUCUCUCUCUGGUGAUUCAGAAUAUAAAAAGAUUGUGAUAAUGGUAAAAAUUGGUAUAUUUUGCUAAUCUAAAUUAAAGGAAAUCCAUCAAAAAAAAUGACCUGCUGGCAGUAUUUAAAAUGAUAACCCUGGUUCAGUGGCUUAUUUCUGAGUUUAUAUUUUAUAGAGCUAUUCAUUUUGUUGAUAUGAUUUACAUGACAUCUGUAAAACUGGUGACAUGUGUCUUGUGACAUGUUAAAUUACUCUGUCUAGUAAUAUUGAACACAACCAUCAUAGGGUCAAAUGACAAGUGAUAGUCCGGAAAUGUUAUCUAAAAUAUUUAACAUACAUUAUGCAAAAGCUAAAUCUGCCUAUUGCAGGUCUUUCUUUAGGCCUCAAAUGUUAUAUAAACUAUUAAUUAGACAUUCAUUAACCUAUCCAGACCAUAAUAAACUCUUGAUACCAUCGCUAGCCUGCGAUAUUUAGCAGAUUAGAAUACAUUUUUUGAAAAAUAAUUAAACGUAAAGAUGGAUAAUCGAGACUUAGUUUUUUAUCAUACCGACUUUAGUAAUGAUGAUCGAAGCCUAAGCCAAAAAUUAAAUUGCUAAUAUUUUGGUUCAGAGUUGAGUAAUUUGACUGAAAUUUUCAGCAUAUUCUAUUUACGUUAUCUUUUUUUGAACUAUUAUAGCGGGAACUGUCAGCUCUUUAUCUAAUCUCCCAUAAUGCUCCUUUAAGGAUGUAGAAAUGUUAGCUUAUUUAGUAUAUAAACGUGAUGCGGGUACAUCAGUGCAAUCUUGUAUUAUUCUAGUAUUAAACAAUCUCGUUAAAACACAGAUCCUAUUUCGUUUCAUCUGUAGACUUAGAUGGCCAAGGGACAGUUUCUACACUUUUCGAAAUUAACCAUACGAAUUGAAUCAGACCACGUUUUAUUCAACUGGAACUAAAUUACAACUUAUCAAUAUAGAAGAUAACUCUUGUCUAUAAUAAUCAUGUAGUCACGAACAUACAUGUACAUUAGUAUUAUUGUUGUCUACAGAUGCCACUCAGCAAACCUCAACAGAUUCCACUACCCUACAUCUAAUCUCGACUGUAUGACAAAGUCCGCCAUUAGAACUACUUUCAAGUUUCCGGAUUACAAUGGCGUUGUCCAUGACGACCAAUGACGUCAUUGAUCACGCAUUUUCAAAGUUUGAAGCUGUUUUUCUUUCAAGUUUAUCCGAUUUUCUUUAGACAAGGACAAAUUUGCACUGAAAAUUCUACACACUCUUCGAACGACGCAAUUUUGAGAACUUCUUUUUAAACGCGGGCAAGUUUCCCUUAUAAGUAAACCGGUGCCACAUCGCAAAUGUAUAGGCGUAGGUACAUAUCACUUACUGUCAUACAGCCGAGGCUAGAUGUACGGUACCGGAAUCUGCCAAGGUUUGCCGAGUGCUAGAGAUGCUACAUCGUCUUUUUAUAGUUCAAAAUUUCGUUUUACUUGUCUUUACUACACUAGGAUCUGGAAGAGUUGUUAUAUAACCCACAUUCUGGAUGAUGUGAGGGAUUAGCCAAUGAAACAGUCUGUUACAGCGAGAUUUUGGCAUGGCAAUGCACAGAAUUGUGGGUUAAUCAAUGUAUGAUGUCAUUGAGUCAAAAGCCACUCGUAUGACCCCUGAUGUGACCUUCCAGUACAACCAGUCAGAUCUUCAUGUAGUAUAGGCCAUCAAAAGUAUAAAAAAAAUUAAACGAAAUAUAGAUGUGUAUUUUAAUCAGAUUGAAUAGUAAAUAUUCAACUAGUCUCCUUCAUCUGAAAUUAGAAUUUAUUUGAAAGGACAUGACUCUUAAGUGAAAACUAGUCUUCUUCUUCUGAAAAUACAUAAAAAAUAAACAACAUAACUUUGGAAAUUGAAAUUAAUUUGAAAAUACACGACUCUAAAUUGAAAAUGAUGGAAGAAAUAAGAAUUGAAUGCCUAGCACAUCAGUUGGAAAUGUUAUUCUUUCCCGAUAUCAAUACCAGUAGCUCCAUUUACCCAAAUCAACCCUGAGGGUAAAUCGUCCUACCCGUUUUAUAUGAGUGUAGGGGGGUUGGAUGGCCGAAUGGUUAGCACGUGCACGCUGUAUCAUAAGGCCUGUCUAUGAGUCAACUGGCGUGGUUUUGAAUCCCCGGUUGUACGUGACAAGGAGAAGGGUCGCCUGUCCAACCUCGUGGGUUUUCUCUGGGUCCUCCGGUUUCCUGUCCCUGCUAAAGACCCCUACGCGCAAGCGAAAUAUUGAAAUAAAAUGAAACCAUGUUAGUCCUGAAAUGACCUUGUUUGUGUCGAGUGGACUGUUUAACCCCAUUUCUCUCUCUCUCUCUUAUAUGAGUGCACUCCAUGGUCUUCGUGUUUGACCUUAUCUUCCCCUACCCUCCCCUUUACCAACCAGGCUAACGAAGACAAGGGCACAUCAUGGUUUUUGAGUGCAACCUCAUCUUCCCCCUCCCCUCCCCAGCACCAAUUAGGCUAAUGAGGACAAGGGCACACCAUGGUUUUUUUGUUUGACCUUAUCUUCCCCCACCCUCCCCUGCACCAACCAGGCUUUUAAAGACGAGUGCACACCAUGGUCUUUGUGUUUGAGCUCAUCUUUCCUUCCCUCCCCUUCACUAUAGAACUAAAUAUUUAUAGUUCCAUGCUAUGCCUUCACCAACCAGGCUUAUGAAGACGAGUGCACACCACCCAUUCUCAUGAAGACAAGUGCACACCAUGGUCUUUGAGUUUGACCUCAUGUUCCCCCACCCUUCUCUGCACCAAUCAUUGUCCUUGAGUGUGAUGCCCUCCACCCCUCAUAUCACAACCUCUACCCUCUCCUCCCCAAAAAACACACAACACAUUAAACUUCAAAUGAAAAUAGUCCAACUGGUUCCUCUAUGAUAUUAUCUUUAAAACAAUUUUAAAUGUUGGUGUCUGUAUGAUCAAGACUAGAUGGUUUAUUAUAUGAGUCUGUAUGAUCGAGACUAGUUGAAUUGUUGUGUACUAUUUUUAAUUAAUUGAGCUUUUUGUUAAAUAAUUUGUUUAGUUUUUUUGUUUUUUUCAAUUCACGACAUUUUGUUUUGCCUUACAACGAUUUCAAAUCAAGCUUGCAAUUUUUUUAUAGCAUCUUCAUGGAAGUUAAAUUAAUUGAAUUUGAAAUAAAGAACACUAUGAACAA